CAAAAUACUUUGCGAGUAUAACAAGACUAUAUGAAUAUGAGGACUUUAGCGUUGUUAAUUCUCUUGGUUGGAUUCUGUGCUUUUGUAAGCGCAGAAGAAGACUACGAAUUCAGUCUCGAUGAAGUUGAGGAGGAAUUUGAUGAAGAGUACGAAGAUGCGAAAAAUCCCAAAAAAAAGCUGGUACGUCUUGCAAUAAAGAAAGCUAUCAAAAAGAUCUGUGGCGGAGAUGAUAAACCUGACGUCUGCGAAAAGAUCAAGCAGUGCAAACGCCACCCUAAAUGUGCAAAAAAACUUUUGUGCAAAUUUAAACCGGAUUUGAAGAUAUGCAAGGCCAAGAAGGAAAGUGCCAAGGAGGAAGACGAAGAACAAACAGCCACUGAAACACCCAGUCGAGGACCAAGACCCAGUGGAAGACCAAGACCCAGUGGAAAACCCUGUCGAAGACCAAGACCCAGUGGACGACCAAGACCCAGUGGACGACCAAGACCCAGUUGGCGACCAAGACCCAGUGGACGACCAAGACCCAGUGGACGACCAAGACCCACUGGAGAACCAAGACCUACUGGAGAACCAAGAACAAACCCUUCUGAAGACUAGUUCAGUAUCAAUGGUAUCCCCAAUUAAACAGGCAAAGAAAUAAUAAAGACGAAAAAUAUCAAAGAGAAGCAUAGAAAAUAACAAAAAAAAUGUAGUUGAAAAAG